GGAAAAAUACCGCGAGCGAUGUGUUGUUUUUGGCUGAUAUGGUAACAAGCUAUACACAAAAUUUAAUUUUCGUGAAAAUUUUGAUAUUUUUAUGUAGUUUUAUUAAAUUUAAAGUAUUUUAACUUAGACAAGAGAAUGCUGUCGUCUGUGCAUCUUGUCGGAGAGGAUGAGGACGAUAUAUAUGGCGGUUUUAAUGAGUAUAAUCCUGCGUUUGAUGUAGAGGUAUGAUAAAAAUAUAUGAACAUUUUGUUAAUAUAAAGUUGUGACUAGAGUACUAGACUAAAAAUAUUUGAAUUGGAAAGUUAUGUAUGCUGUUAUGCACAAUCACAAAAUUUCAUAUUGUGUUCUUGCCGUUUUUACAUAGUAGAGACUAGAAAGAAAUUCUAGUAGAUUUCAUAUUUUCAUGUAGGUCAGCCCAGGGUGCAUUCCAUGUAAACUCUACGCCGAAGAUACGCCAAUAUUAACUACAGAUAGUAUUGUAAUUUGCCAAACUAACACAGGUCUUAGGCGUAUUGCACUUAAUUAAACUACACCCUGGAAAUCAGCACUUGUUUCCAUCCACCAAACUGACAUGUUAUUUUUGGAAGAUUAAAUGGCCAUGUAACAAACCCUACCCCUACCCUAGCCAUUAGAAAUUGAUCAAAUGACGUAACGUCAGUUUGAUGGUUCAGGAAACGAGUGAAAACCUUUAAUGUACUAUCACAGUAUUGCAUGAAAUAAAGGUGUAUUAUUCAAUGUAAUGUGCAUAUCUGGGUGUAAUUUUAUUGUCUGUUUCAUCAAUGACUAGGGGACUAGCCCUCCCAAUAUCAGAAUCUCUAGAAUGCUCGUGCAUUUCCAUGAUUUAUGAAACUUACAUUAUUUGUUGCAUCUAAAAUAUGGGCAAUAUAAUGUUUUAGAACCUCGAAGAAGAUGAAGGAUUUCAACAAGCAGUUAAAACCAGUCAUGGUCAAAGACCUGGUGUUGUAAGUCUAUAAUUUUAGAAGAAUGGAUUAUGACCAUCUGAUUGACCUACUAAGAUUAUUGUAUUUUAUUUUUUUUGUAGAAAACAGGUGCAGCUGGCAUGCGAAUUGGAACAGCAUCAGGAGUGAGUAUUCCUCUAUUGUGGCGCAGAAUACUGCACAGAAGUCCAUCUCCAUUGCUUUAAGCGUAAGCUCUAUUCGUCAUGAUUCGUCACUCAGCAAGUACCAUAAACAGAAGCAGUCACCCCCCUGGAAAUACUAAAAACAGCACACGUCCAGGGGGUGACUGCUUCUGUUUAUGUUACUUGCUGAGUGACGAACCAUGACGAAUAGAGCUUACACAAAAAGCAAUGGAGAUGGACUUCUGUGCAGUAUUCUGUGAUCAUGGUCUGUGUAGGUAGUGCCAACAAUAAGGAAGCUUCAGAUUGAUAAGGAUGUAACUAGCUGAAAAAUACAUGGAGAACGUCGACAUUUUGAGCGAAGGCCCCUUGUCGGGUACCCUGGUUCCGCUAGCUCUUUGUGAGGUGAAAGAAACGAGUGGUGAGAACGGAGAGCCUCUGGUCACAUUGAUUGCAAAUCCCACUUCCACACUUGAUUAGGUUCAGAAUUUGAAUCUUGCAUGUGAUUGACCAUUUGUAAAAAUAUGUCAAACCGGUUUGGGAAAUAAACAUUACUUUAAGCUAAUUGGCAAUUCCAGCUUUUAAUUAUGCACGUAGGGGAUGAUGGGAAGUAAGGUCAUACCUUAAUAAUCAGCAGUAUCAUAUUGCUGAUUAUGCUGAAACAUUUCAAUAAAAACUGCUGAAACAACCGAAAUAUUUCAAUAUUUACAAGUAUAAGCUAUCACUCCGUGUUUACACGGCUGCCAUUUUUAUUUUUUUAGCAUAAUCAGCAAUAUGAUCAAGGAAUUGCCUAUUAUAGCCUGACAUAUUUUUACAGAUGGUCACAUGCGAGAUUCAAAUUCUGAAUCUAAUCAAGUGUUGAAGUGGGAUUUGCAAUCAAUGUGACCAGAGGCUCUCCGUUCUUGUUUCUUUCGCCUCGCUAAGAGCCUCUGGAACCACGGUAUUCGCCGGGAAGUCUGUAGUGACGAAGGGCCUUCACUUGAAACAUCAAAGUUCUCUAUGUAAUUUUUCAGGUAUAGUUGCAUACGAAGAUUUCUUAUUCUUCUAUCACUCUACAAUCUUGUCUAAAUGACCUCAACUAUAAUCUGGUGUUAUAACAAAAUCUAAAACCUUGCUUACCUUUACUAUUUCAGAAUCGUGGCUUUCCUGGUUCAUCAAUGGGAAGACCUACUACUGGUUUUGCCCUGGUACAGUAAUUUAAUGCCGUUCUCAUGUUAAAUAUAAUCAUCAUGAUAGCUCAUGAAUCUCAGUUACUAUUCUAUUCAAUAUUUCAAAUAUAUAUAUAUAUAUAUAUAUAUAUAUAUAUAUAUAUAUAUAUAUAUAUAUAUAUAUAUAUAUUAUAUAUAUAUAUAUAUAUAUAUAUAUAUAUAUAUAUAUAUAUAUAUAUGUAGCGGUUUAUGAGUUGUUUUCAGACGAGUGUAUACCAAACCGGGCAAGCAGAAAAUUCUACUUGACGCGGCUGGGAUUCGAACCCGCGACCUUCGCAUUUCUAGAACGAUGCUCUACCUUCUGAGCUACAAGGUCAAGCUGAGAACGACGUGUUAAGUUAUGAUGUUAUUCGCAUUUCGGAGGUUAGUCCUUCAAUGCAUAAAGCCAGCUAUUAGUCUGGCAAUGUUGUAUGUGAAUGUUGUGGUUUCCCACGUUGACGAUUCCACUCGUGUUACGUUAUGUAGCGGUUUAUGAGUUGUUUUCAGACGAGUGUAUACCAAACCGGGCAAGCAGAAAAUUCUACUUGACGCGGCUGGGAUUCGAACCCACGACCUUCGCAUUUCUAGAACGAUGCUCUACCUUCUGAGCUACAAGGUCAAGCUGAGAACGACGUGUUAAGUUAUGAUGUUAUUCGCAUUUCGGAGGUUAGUCCUUCAAUGGAAUCGUAAACGUGGGAAACCACAACAUAUAUAUAUAUAUAUAUGAAUGUUGUGGUUUCCCACGUUUACGAUUCCACUCGUGUAAUGUUAUGUAGCGGUUUUUGAGUUGUUUUCAGACGAGUGUAUACCAAACCGGGCAAGCAGAAAAUUCCACUUGACCGCGGUCAAGUGGAAUUUUCUGCUUGCCCGGUUUGGUAUACACUCGUCUGAAAACAACACAAAAACCGCUACAUAUAUAUAUAUAUAUAUAUAUAUUAUAUAUAUAUAUAUAUAUAUAUAUAUAUUUUGUGGUCGUUUGAGCACUCUGGCCCCAUUACGCUCUGCGCAUGUCUGGAUGCGUUGAGUCACCGUGUUGUACCACAUGCCUUAGUGAGAGCAAGUUCAUGGGGUAUAAAUACGAGUGCCUCACGUAUCUAGACGUGUACCAAGCUGCACUGACGAGGCGUUGAACGCCGAAACAUGCAUGUCUGCAGAUUGUAUAUAUAUAUAUAUAUAUAUAUAUAUCUUCAGCUGUCUACAUUUUCUCUUGUUUUAAGGAUGCAAACCAAGCGAGGCCCAUGACAGCUGUUCGUGGUGCUGGUUACUCCUCAGCUGGUAACAGAGGUUUGUUAAUAUGUAGGGUUUAAUAUUUUUGCAAAAAUCUGAUUAGGCUUUGCAAGUGCGCACCUAUUUUUAUAAUUUCAGUCACUUGAAUGCUCAAUUGAUGUCAAAUACAUGUUAAAGUUUGUAACUUGGGACUUGGGAGUUUACUUGGGGAAAUUAGUUUUAACUCCAAUCACAAAAUUUCUUCAUUAGCACCAGCAGGGGCUGCAUUUGAUCCAUUCAAUCAAGGCAACAAAGGACCAGCACCUCCUCUUGAGAAGAAAGCGGAAGAUAGGUAAUAACACUGCACACUAUGAUUGUCUUUUUCAUAUCCCAGAACUCCGUUUUCAAAUGCCAGAACUCCGUUUUCAAAUGCCAGAACUCCGUUUUCAAAUGCCAGAACUCCGUUUUCAAAUGCCAGAACUCCGUUUUCAAAUGCCAAAACUCAGUGUUCAAAUGCCAAAACGUCAUUUUCAAAUGCCAAAACGUCAUUUUCAAAUGCCAAAACGUCAUUUUCAAAUGCCAAAACGUCAUUUUCAAAUGCCAAAACGUCAUUUUCAAAUGCCAGAACUCCGUUUUCAAAAGCCAGAACUCAGUUUUUCAAUACCAAAACUCAGUUUUCAAUUGCCAAAACUCCGUUUUCAAAAGCCAAAACUCCGUUUUCAAAUGCCAGAACUUCGUUUUCAAAUGCCAAAACCCCGUUUUCAAAUGCCAAAACUCAGUUUUCAAAAGCCAGAACUCCGUUUUCAAAAGCCAGAACUCCGUUUUCAAAAGCCAGAACUCCGUUUUCAAAUACCAGAACUCCGUUUUCAAAAGCCAGAACUUCGUUUUCAAAAGCCAGAACUUCGUUUUCAAAAGCCAGAACUCCGUUUGCAAAUGCCAAACUCAAAAUUGUACAUUUCAACAAAAUAAGAAAUGAAUGAAAUUUCACAGUCGUCAUUCAUCUCAUUAACAUUUCUGACAGUCCUGAAGAAAAGAUCAAACAAAUGGAAAAGAAGGUCAAUGAAUUGAUUGAAGAAAGUUGUAUUGCAUGUGGCAGAGGAGAGAUGGAACUGGUGAGACUCAGCUAUGUUAUUCUCUACUCCCUAUCUGGCACAAUUUCGUUUGUUGCUAUAAAAUUUCAUUGUAAUUCUGUUCAGGCAUUGGAGAAAGCAAAAGAAGCCGGACGGAAGGAAAGAGCACUAUGUCGUCAACGUGAACAAACUGCCGUGACUGAGCAGAUUAAUUUAGAUCUUACAUAUUCAGUAAGUAAAAAGUUAUUACAAUCUUUGAAAAGCUGGUUUAUACUCCGGGGUGGAAAAAAUAGGCGAGCACGCGAGCACUGCUCGCAGGAAAUGUUAAACAGCUGCAGGAAAUUCGUUUGAAUGAGGAUUUGCUUUUUAAAAUUUGAAGGAAACCUCGACACCGAUGUCCCAUUAUGGGUGCAACAACAUAUAGUUGACAGACAUUAUUCCUUGAAUUUAAAACCAUGGUCAGCUAGAACACUAUAUGUUUAUGCACAUGCAGAUUUAGCACAAAAAUACUCUGUUGGUCUGCAGGAAAUUUUUGUCUCCAGGUUGUUCUCCCAGGAAGAAAAUUCUUCUUUCCUGCCCUGUUUACACUAUCAAAGUUUCUGUGAUCACAGUAGGAAUUUUGCAUACUGGGUAAAUUCUAAGUUUUGAAGAAUUUGUUAGAUAUCUUUGAGGGAAAUAAUGACUCACUGAGUCAGUUCUCUCAAGAUUUCUUACAAAUUCUUCAAAUGCAAAAUUACUGUGAUCACAGAAAACUUUGAUAGUGUGUAAACCAGCCUUACAGUAAGAGACGAUGAUCGCUAUGUUUAUAGUGCCCUUUACUAGGUUCAUUAUUGUGGUAGCAUAUUAAUCAUCAUGGUUGUAUUUCUCAGGUGUUAUUCAACCUUGCUGACAUGUAUCACAAAAGUCAGAUGUAUUCAGAAGCUCUCAACACCUAUCAAGUUAUUGUCAAGAACAAAAUGUUUAGCAAUGCAGGUAUUUUUGAAAUCUAAUUAAUUAACCUAUUUUGUAUUCGUUUUUAGGUUUGUUUGAAAACUUAAUGGGUUGUUCCGUAAUUUUAAAAAUUCCGCGCCCACAUAUACGAAUGUGGUAAAAUGGUGCAAAAAGGCUACCGCCAUUGAUUUCAUCUCUGUCUUAUGUAAUUCACUCUAGGUCGUCUUCGUGUGAACAUGGGUAAUAUUUACUUCGAGCAAGGCAAGCUGCCUCAAGCAAUCAAACAUUAUAGAAUGGCGUUAGAUCAAGUACCAAUAACACACAAAGAAAUGAGGUGGGAAUUCCGUUCUAUCAUAUUCCAAACACAAUUUUUUGUACUAGUACAAUAGUGUUAAUUUAACUCUUCUUCAUUGCGAUCUAAUUAGAAUUAAGAUCAUGCAGAAUAUUGGAAUAGCCUUCGUGGAACUAAAUCAGUAUGCUGAUGCAGUAACGUCAUUUGAACAAGUUAUGAGUGAUAGCCCAUCUUUAGGUGCAGGUAGGCAUUGGUAUAUAAUUGUCCGUUUGAAAUAGUCAUACCGUUCGUAUGUGGUCGUCCCCGAUGGAGUAAAAUGAUAAAAGAAAGCAGUGAAUUUUCAUUUCAUUGAAGGAACUCUACACACGCAAAAAUCUCACAUCUUGUAACAAGUCUGCCAACAAGCCGUCAACAAGUUGUGUUCGCACUGCUUGUCCCAAGUUGUCAACAAGUUUGGAACAAGCUGUUAGCAACUUGUAACAACCUUGUUGAUAUUAUCAGACUUGUUGCAAAGUUGUUCCAACAAGUCCAAUACAGUCAUGAUAUAACAAUAUUGUUACAACCUUGUGUCGUCAACCUUGUAACAUUCUUGUUAUAUCAUGACUGUAUCAACCUUGUUAGAACAACCUUGUGACAAGUCUGAUAGUGCCAUCAAGCUUGUUACAAGUUGUUAACAGCUUGUUCCAAACUUGUUCCAACAACUGGGAGCAAGCAGUGCGAAGACAACUUGUUAACAGCUUGUGAACAGAUUUGUAACAACUUGUUUGCAGACCUGUAACUAGCCUGCGUGCAGGCCCAAGGGAACUGAUAGUGGGCCUGCAACCAUCGCCCGGUAUUUUGUAAUACGCCCCUUUUCAUAACACGCCCCAUUCGCGCGUCAAUUGUCAAAAAAGAACCAAUGACAGCACCCAAAUAUUAACAAACAAACUCGCAUUAAAAUGUUGCGGGGUUUUCUCUGCUUAUUCAGAACACUAAUAAACAAUGUGUAAAUGGCUGCGUUUUAACUCCAAAAAAGCAAGCAACGCAGUCAGUAAUUGCCAAAUUUGCAAGUGCUCAUUUUCAACUAAAAUCGGAACAGGCAAAUUAGGACGAAUUUCAACAGAAAACCAGUCUCAAACUUCAAAUCAUGAGGGAAGUCGUGCGACCACAUUAGGAUUUAUAUUAUGUGUGCUUCGCUGUCGCCAUUGGCAUUGUUAUAAAUAAAUUGUCUCACUUAUCAGAUCGUGUGUGCAAUUCUUGUUGGCGGCGGAAAGUACGAAAUUUAUGUUAUUUCAUUUGGUAAAGAACUCUACAAAAGAAGAGAGCGUUCCGAGUCCAGAUCGUUUCGUUUCGAACGGCAAUUUAAUACCGCCUUCUGUUUCGCUCUCUCAGCGAAGCCUUGUAAAUCGCAAAGUGUUUCGAAUAGGCUUACAGUCCUUACAUGCAACUGCAUCUCAACAUCAACCAAAAGAUAAUUUUCUUGAGGAAGUGAGAACACAUAACGUAUCAACUGAAGUCUGUUUGAAAUUAAUGAAACUCAAGUAAAGGUUACUAUAGUUUACCCCAGUCGUAAUUUGCUAUUCCAACACCUCACGACAAGCAAUCCCGAUUGGCAUAACGGCAAAAACAUGUCUUCCUUCAAGUAAACAAUAAACAGUUCUUGUUCCAUUUGUAAUCGAAAAGUAAUCAAUUUUCAAAUUUUAAGCUUAUCGAGAGCCUUUGUCUAUGCCUUUGUGAUGAAUCACUGUUCCCUUGGGCCUGUACGCUAGGUUAAUUAAUUACCGAUCGCCUCAGCUAGCCAAUGGGAAUUUAGCCGGCGGUUCGGCCGGCGAAAAUCGAAAACAUGGGGUGAUGGUUGCAGGCCCACUAUCAGUUCCCUUGGGCCUGCACGCAGGCUAACCUGUAACAACUUGUGCGUUUUUACGUGUGUAAUAUGAGCUACAUAGCCAGCACAUGUGACGUGGUGUCGUAGUUACCACGUCUGCCUUUCAAGGCUGGGGGAGCCGGGUUCAAUCCUUGGUCGGACCUCCACUCAAGGUCUUAAAAUAAUUAUUGAGGAGAAAGAGCUACCUUUACACUGACUUCAGUAAAUGAUUAAACUUUCGCGUCUUCUCGGAUAAGGACGUUAAAUCGUAGAUACCUCGGCUCCCCAUCAAUGGAGCAAUGGCCUGUUGGAGUGUUGGGAAAUCCGCUUAAAACAAACUGUAAUUCGUUGUUUUAUUUAUUUGUGAUUCCGUUGUAGCACUGAAUUUGAUCUUGUGUUAUUACGCUCUGGGAGAUCGAGAAAAGAUGAAGAAAACUUUUCAAAAAAUGUUGCAGAUUGAACUAAAUGUUGAUGAUGAUGAGAAAUACACAACGAAUGGGGUAUGACAUGACGAUUGAGUAGUGAAUGGCUUUUGACCAUUAACGCAAAAAUUUCUAUAGCGUGAAUUUACAUGUGAAUGUGAUCAAAUGCGCUUUACAUCAAGUAUUACACUUACCUAAUUACACACGCGUAAAAACGCUGAGCCCGCUGUUUAACAGGAUUGAACAAUGUUUUGUUGCAGGGAUGGAUUCACUGGCGGGGCACCCCCCUAGCCCUGGCCAGAGGGGGUGCAGGGGGUGCUAUUUUUUAUUAUAAAGCAAAAAAUUAUUAGAGGCAAAAUGAGAUACAGUAAUUUAAGUAAUAACAUGAUGAUAAGCGAACUGUGAACAACAAUUCAAAUUCAAAUACAGUAGUCAAGCAAGACUUUGCAGUAGUCAAGCAAGUUGAUGGGCGGGCGGCACACAUGACCGACACAAUUCGGCACCAGAGCUGGCAGAGCACCCCCCCCCCCCUACCAGAUCAUGCUGGAUCCAUCCCUGUUUUGUUGCCCAUGUUGUUCACCAUGUUGUUCAACAAUGUUGUUCAAUAUUGUUGACCCUGAAUCGGGUGUAACAAUAUUGUUCAACAUUGUUGACAACUGUGAACAAUGUGGGCAGCAAAACAUUGUUCAAUCCUGUUCUCAUCAACUAUUGAACAACCUGAUCGUUUUUAACCGUGUACUUAGCCUGCAUGGAUUAUUUUAUCUUUACAAAAAUUGUGAUAUCACUUUCCUACCCAUAUGUUUAUCCUGACACACCCUAUCAACUUUCCCUGUGGGAGGAAACCGGAGAAAACCCACGACGGCAGAGCGUUGACUGACUCUUUCACAUGAGUCCGUAGCGAGAAUCGAACCCACGAUCUCAGAGGUGAAAGGCGCUGCUUGCCCCGACGACUACCACACCGAAGACCCGUCCUUCCCCCCCCACCCAAAAAAAAAAGGGGGCGAGAGCGCAAAGUUUAAAAAACAAUCUGUUUUAACGCCUUAGGACGAUCCACAACAUGCAUUUGUUUUGGAAAUCAUCAGGAAUGACAAGUUACGACAACUCGAGAGAGAAAGGUAUCAAGCGUAAUAAUUAAGAUUUAGAAUUUUUUACCGUUGUUUGCACUUAGGGAUGAACAGACUGUCGCAGAAACACUGUUCAUUUUUACAUGAGAUUUCCACGUUUUGUCAAGAAGUUUUAAUCCGAUCAGUAAAUUACUGUACGUUUAACUAAAUCUUUCUAUCCCUUAGAAAAUCAAAAGCUGAGAAAUUCAUAACGUGCUGUGCCAAGUUGAUUGCUCCAGCUAUUGAGACUUCGUUUGCUGCUGGCUUUGAUUGGUAGGUUCUAUACAAUCAUAGACAUGCGUCUAUAUUAUGUAUUUUUGUUUUCCUGCAUAAAAUCUAAUGCUGUUACUGUAUCCAGGUGUAUUGAAUGUGUGAAGGCAUCGCCUUAUCUGAAGCCAGAAUUCCAUUUUCAAAUGCCAAAACUCCAUUUUCAAAUGCCAGAACUCCGUUUUCAAAUGCCAAAACUCCGUUUUCAAAUGCCAAAACUCCAUUUUCAAAUGCCAGAACUCCGUUUUCAAAUGCCAAAACUCCGUUUUCAAAUGCCAAAACUCCAUUUUCAAAUGCCAGAACUCCGUUUUCAAAUGCCAAAACUCCGUUUUCAAAAGCCAGAACUCCAUUUUCAAAUGCCAGAACUCCGUUUUCAAAUGCCAGAACUCCGUUUUCAAAAGCCAGAACUCCAUUUUCAAAUGCCAGAACUCCGUUUUCAAAUGCCAGAACUCCGUUUUCAAAUGCCAGAACUCCGUUUUCAAAUGCCAGAACUCCGUUUUCAAAUGCCAGAACUCCGUUUUCAAAUGCCACAACUCCAUUUUCAAAUGCCACAACUCCGUUUUCAAUGGCUCCAGCCAUUGAGACUUCGUUUGCUGCUGGCUUUGAUUGGUAGGUUCUAUACAAUCAUAUAGACAUGCGUCUAUAUUAUGUAUUUUUGUUUUCCUGCAUAAAAUCUAAUGCUGUUACUAUAUCCAGGUGUAUUGAAUGUGUGAAGGCAUCGCCGUAUCUGGAACUCGCUAAUGAAUUGGAGAUCACUAAAGCUAUCACUUAUCUGAAAGAAAAAGAUUUUAAUAAGGUAUACAUUGGAUACUGGAGUUGAUUUGAUGGUCUACGUUACUGUACAGCAGCUUUGCAUAAGGCAAAAAAAAAUAUGUGGGUUUCCGGUUUCUUCUUAUAAAAACUUAGGUAGGGUAGGCAGGGUGUUAGCCAGGAUUUCAAAAGUCGCCGUCCAAAAUAAUUUUGUGGGCGUGGUCACAUGUUUUUGGGCGUGGCCGCAAUUUUUUGUUGUUGUGGAAUUGUGGUGUUCUAUUCAUUGAACCUUUUUAGUUUUAGAUGCACAUUUCAUUUAUUAAAUUAGUAAAAGCACACAUAUGGUAUGAACCGUAUGAUCACUACGAUGUAGGCUACAGUUAUAUGCUAUAAUGAAGAACACAAUACAGCAGUGUAGUGUUUAGUUAUUUUUUUAUCAAUCGCCGAUAUUUUUUCCCUUUUUUAUGCGUUUGGCUCAUUUUAUAGCCAUCUUUACCGUAACUGUAACUAUAAAGCAGUGUGGUGCUCGAACGAUAAAGCGAUUGCUGUUUUUUAAAACGGCGGUUUCAAAUUAUUCUCCGUGAUACUUCAUGCGAGAAUAAUCAACAUGGUUAUACAAAAACAUGGCGCAUUUGUCGGUACUUCAAUUCAGGCAUAUUCAAUGUGUUUUCGAGGGGGGAAAGUAUGAAAACAUAUACCAUAAGUAAAGUAGAUGACAACAAUUCGAAGUAUUCAAGAGAUAUUACAAAGCUUGUAAAUUGCUAUUUAAAGAAAAUAUUCCCUUAGGCCGUCCAUGGCCGUCCAUUAAAAUUUAGCCGUCCGAAUUCAGAAGUGGCCGUCCAUAGGACGGUCGGACGGUCGCCUGGCUAACACCCUGAGGGUAGGUCGGUUUUAACUUUUUUUUAAACUUUUUUUUUAAUUUUCCUAACAACCGGACGCCAUUUUGUUUAGUCAGUGCUUCCACAUCCAAAGAUAAAUUUCCCUAAUAUUGCCUCAAAAUCUCAAAUUUUAAUUUUCCACAAACUUUUUCCUCUAAGUGGAAACACUUACAAGCAUGAUCCAAUAAAAAAGUUUAGGGUCGGGAUUUCGACGUCCAAAAGCUAGGUAGGGUCGGGAAACCGGAAACCCACAUAUUUUUUUUUGGCCUAAGUUGUUUUUAUCUCCAAUCAAUAAUAAUUUCUAUCAAUCAUAAAUUUUGUGUUUCUGGUUAGGCUGUUGAGACUUUGAAAGGAUUUGAAAAGAAGGAUUCAAAAAUGCAGUCUACCGCCGCAACGAACUUGUCGUUCAUGUAUUUCUUGGUAAGUAAUGUACUUUAGUCUCUUUGAAUUUUAUUACACUACUGAGUUAUCACAAUAAACUUAACAUAUAGUUUUUCUUAUUUCUUCAAGCAAGGAGAACAAUCCCAAGCAGAGAAAUAUGCAGAAUUGGCCAUCAGCGUAGACAGAUAUAAUCCUCUUGGUGAGUACAGUAAAUACCCUUUAAACUAAUUUUAUUUAUACCAUUUGUAUGAGGCCCUUCGUCAUUUUAUGCGAGUCUUCAAGUGGUUGUAUCAUCUACAAAGUUUGCAGUUUGUAUAUACUUGGGGAAAACCUGCGGUGUUUUGAUAGAGUCAAAUUGGAAAAACUCUCUCGAGUCAAACUCUUCUCGCGUUAGGGAUUGAACCCUAUAGCGGCCAUAGGGAUGAAAGUCGAAUACCCCAACUGCUGGGAAACCAACAUUUUCUCUUGUAUAUGUAAUUAUUUUAGACUAUUUCAUUUUUAGGUUUAGUAAAUCGAGGCAACUGUUACUAUAGUCAAGGUGAUCUUGAAAAGGCGAAAGAGUAUUACCAAGAAGCUCUGAACAUAGAAGCCUCGUGCACUGAUGCUUUGUAUAAUAUAGGUCAGUCAUUCGUCGUGCUGCAUUAUUGGUUGGGUUGGUGAAACCCACCUGUAGAUAAAUAAAAUGUUAUUUACGUGAAGACCGAAGAUGUUUCAUCUCAUUUUCAGGUUUGGUUUAUAAGAAAAUGGAGAAUUACGAGGAGGCCCUAGAUUGUUUCUUGAAAUUGCACGCAAUUCUCAGAAAUAAUCCUCAAGUUAUAUGGCAACUGGCAAAUAUGUAUCCUUUCCUUCGUCCAUCCAUUUGUAACAAACUAAUGGAAUGGAAACGUGUUGUAACAUCGUUCGCUUGCCCACAUAUAACUGUCAAUACAUCUGUUCUGCUAUGCAUGUGUUUCACUAUGUAAAACACUUAAUUGAAGCCUACAUAUAUAUAUACCCGCUUCGUUGCCAAAAAGUUGUGUAUAAGCUUCUUUUAUUCGAGUAAGGGUUGUUUGAUAUUGAAAACUCUGUAUUAUUCCUUAACUUGAACUAAAAUUACAAAGAUACGAAAUACUUGAUGAUGUUGAUCAAGCAACUGAAUGGUGAGCUUUAAACUAACUAUUUUUUUAUAUAAACUUUAUUAAGAUGUUUGCCCCAAAAGCCAAGCUUAUCUAGGGGGCUCACUUAAAAAAACUAUUUUUGCCGGAUAGCUCUGGCAGAACUGUUCUCCCUGAUCUUAAUCUUAACCUGAUCUCAAUCUAAUCUUAAGCUGAUCCUAAUUCUAACCAGGAGAUAACUUCUCUAAUCCUCUGAAAAUCUUGCAGGUACAUGCAGUUGGUAUCUCUAGUUCCCACCGAUCCAGCAGCUUUGUCAAAACUCGGUGAAAUAUACGACGGUCUUCAAGAUAAAUCACAGGCAUUUCAGUAUCAUUACGAAGCGUAUAGAUAUUUCCCGUCUAGUAUUGAUGUCAUAUCCUGGCUGGGUGCUUACUAUAUUGACUCGCAAUUCUGUGAGAAAGCAAUUCAAUAUUUUGAGCGCGCUUCAAUGAUACAGUAAGUAUUUGUGUACUAGCGAUCAGGGAAAGGAAUCCAGACUGGAUUACGUUUGGGGAUGGGAUAGGGGGUUAUGGUGAAGAUUAUGGUUAAUAGGGUUUAGGAUUAACCUGAUACUCGGGGUCUCUGGGUUUAGCGGAGGUAAAGUGCCUGAGUGCAGGUUGGAUUAGAAUGAGGAUUAAGGGUGUGGUUAAGGAUAGAUUGUUGUCAAGAUUAAGGCUAGAGUUGACCAAUCACAUUUCUGACUGAUUUAAUUCCUUUCAUUAUACCAGCUCGUGUUAUCGUAAAACAAUGACGAAUAUCAAAAAUGCUUGUUUAUUGUCCAUGUUGUGAUUUUAGACCUAACGAAGUGAAAUGGCAACUAAUGAUUGCAAGUUGUUAUCGCCGAAGUGGUAAGAUUUUUAUAUUAUAGUUUUAAGACCAAAUUUGGUUCAAGUGCAGAAGUGCUAGCCUUCUCGCCCAGUCAUGACUGGAAAAAGUCUUAUUUUUUCUUAGGCAACUAUCAGCAAGCAUUGGAGACGUACAAGUCAAUACACAGACGAUUCCCAGAAAAUAUUGAAUGUACGUACACCAAAUACAUUUGUUCCUUCAUAUGACAAAAAAGGUAUUUCUACUUUAAGUAAAUAUUAUUUUGUGAUGUAGGUUUAAAGUUUCUGGUGCGCAUCUGUACAGAUCUCGGCUUGAAAGAUGUUCAGGAAUAUGCACAAAAAUUAAUGAAAGCCGAGAAAACAAAAGAAUUAAAAGAACAGGUUUGUUGGCUUUCUAUGUAUGUUCUUUUUUAACAUGUCUUGUUAUGAUUAUUGGAUUAUACUUACUGUAACAUCUCAUGUUCUGUCUUUAUCCAGAGGGUGCUAAGUGGUGGUCGAGCAAGCAGAAGACCUGGGACUUCAUCUCGCCAAAAUAGUGCUGGCAGCGGUGAGCACUAGAGAACAUUUUAGAACUGAUAAAGCUAUUCAGUGGUAAUAUAGUUAGUUUAGUUUAGGUUUCUUCCUCUAUAUGACCUGAAAAGCGUGGAACUGAUAAAGCUAUUCAGUGUUAAUAUAGUUAGUUUAGUUUAGGUUUCUUCCUCUAUAUGACCUGAAAAGCGUGGAACUGAUAAAGCUAUUCAGUGUUAGUAUAGUUAGUUUAGUUUAGGUUUCCUCCUCUAGAUGACUUGAAAAGCGUGGAACUGAUAAAGCUAUCCAGUGUUAAUAAAGUUAGUUUAGUUUAGGUUUCCUCCUCCAGCUUAGGUUCCCUCCUCCAGAUAACCUGAAUUAGACCUCUAUGGAGAACAGAGUAGAACUGAUAAAGCUAUCCAGUGUAAAUAAACUUCGUUUAGUUUAGGUUUCUUCCUGUAGUAACAGUGUACCAGAUGACCUCAAUUAGACCUCCAUGGAGAACAGUUUAAAGUCUGAUAGAGUUAUCUGUGUGUAGCUCUUUAGUGCGUGUUCAUAAAUACAUACUGGUUUUAUCACUCUAGAUACAAGCCGUGUGAACAGCGGUAGAGAAAAGAGUGCUAAGAACCGUGCAGGAAGUGGUACAAGAGGAACAAAACCACGCUCGACACUCGCUGAUGAUGUUGAUGAACCAUUUACUAUCUCUGGUCAGAAGAACAUAGGUUAGUCGUUAAACGUUGACCUUGCACGGUGUCGCUAUACAUACACAACAAUCACCGAAUGUACUACAGCUUGCAAGGACAGUCAGUCCAUCUGUCAAAGAAAAACUUUGAAAAAUUGAGACUACAAAAACUUUGGAUAGAACGUCAACCAUAAACCUAAACAUGCGAGGUCAUAAUCUUGCUUGCCUAAAGAUCAGGAAAGUCUGUGCACGUACGCAGGUCGUGCAGCACGAAACUCGUGCACACGUUUUUCUCAAUCUUACUGUAUUUCCUCAUAGAUGCAUCUUACUCGGAUCCUCUGGGUGACGCUCCAGCUCGACCAAAGACGGCUGCAAGACGAAACCCGCAACCUGUUGAGGACGAGUUCGGAGACGAGGAGCUUGGUGACGAUCUACUUCCUGAUUAAAUUUCUUCACGAUCAACUAUAAUCUUUGCUUUAUUUAUUUAAAAACGAAUUCAGACACGAUAGCGCCAGACAGUUACUUGAACCGCUAAUGUGGAAAGUGAAUUUGAGCUGGAGGUAACAUUGCUUCAAUUUAUCGAAUUCACCCGUGACAUCUGUGAAUAUUGUACAGUAUUAAAUUAUGAAAUCGAAUGUAAAUGUCCUUGUCAAAUUACAAAUUAGUUAUAUCAGUUAGAAUAAAAACGUUCAACUGACCACAGCCAACGAGUAAUCAGCAC